GUGGUGAUUGGAGCGACCCCAUCUCCUUGGAAUAUUUAUAAGAAGCUUGGCAUCGCUUUCUUUCGGUCAUGAAAUGCGGAAAAUGAUCACAUCCCUCUCAAAUCUAAACGCCAUUCAUCUUCUGCUUACAUAACUAUUGAAAAUCAUGAUUGAUUUUAACAGUCGUCUUCUUCUUCAGCUUUCUUUUUAACCGAUAACAGUACAAGCAUCUAGCAUAUCCAGCUUUCUUUUCAGAUUGAUUGAUUCCACUUUUUAAUUAAAAAGUAUGGGAAGAACUCCAUGCUGCAAAGAAGCUGGUUUAAAGAAAGGUGCAUGGACAGCUGAUGAGGAUCAGAAGCUCAUCGCUUAUAUUCAAGAACACGGCGAAGGAGGGUGGCGGACCUUGCCUCAGAAAGCUGGUCUCCAAAGAUGUGGAAAGAGUUGCAGAUUGAGAUGGGCUAAUUAUCUUAGGCCUGACAUCAAGAGAGGAGAGUUUAGUACAGAGGAAGAGCAGAAGAUCAUCCAACUUCAUGCUUCUCUAGGCAACAAGUGGUCUGCAAUUGCGAGGCACUUGCCGAAAAGAACAGACAAUGAGAUCAAGAAUUAUUGGAACACACAUCUCAAGAAACGAUUGAUUGAUAAGGGCAUUGAUCCAGUGACUCACAGGCAAAUUGCCCCUUCUCCUACUUCAUCACCCAAUCAUAAUUCCUGCAAUGUGGGUGAGGAUAGAACCGACUCUCACUUCAAGCCAAUCCAAAGAUCUACCUCAUCAACUUCAGCCAAGUUGCUCAACAGAGUAUCUGCUGAGUUUGCACAAAUGCAGCGUAAAGAAUUGGCUACCUCACACCAAACCCCUUCACCUUGUCUUGGGGCAAUUAAGGCACUUUUGCUCAACUCAGCUAAAGAUGCCAUUACUUGCAGCGCCAGCAGUGGCGGAGGCGGCAGCGGCAGUGGUGAUGAUAGUGAUGUUGAAAUUUUACCAUCUAGGCCUAUUUCUCGUUCAAGUUCAAGUCGGAUAUUAAAUAAGAUGGCUACCAAACUAGUACCUUCAAGGAGUUUUGAUUUGCUCAAGAAUAACCUAAGUGUUCCAUCAAUGGCAACUACAAGUGUUUCGGAUGCUAGCCCUACUGUUUGUAGCUACAAUAACGUUGAUUCUCCCAUUUCUAUAUCAGACUUUCUGGAGAGCAUUCCAACUUCAUCUUCAGCAUGCGAUUCAUAUGAAUUGACAGAAAAUUUAGGCAUGGGUGAAGACCAAGUUAACGAAGCACUUACAGCUCUCCAUCAAGCAAUAGAGUUGGAUACCCCAGAAUAUCCUACGUACACGCCCUAUGAGUUAGAAGAGUUUUUAGGCAAUUUUGGAGGUGAAGAUGGGGAAACUUUUAAUAAUGAUACAAACCAGAGCGAGGCAUGUGAUUCACAAGUUCCCAUAUCCGUGGAACCCACAAGUGAUUUCAUUGAAAAGUUCACAAAUAUGCCUUUUGGUUGCAGUCCGGAUGAGCACUCCACCAUCAAACCUUAUUGCUAUAGUGAGAAGGAAAGCAAUGGUGGAGCAUUUGAAGUGAAUAUGAACGAUUGGAAUGAUGAUCUUGAUUUGGUUAAUUAUGCAAUGCAAUAAUUAAUGUAGAAGCAAAGUUCUUAUU